CCUGUUUGAGGGAGAGAGGAAGAGAGGAGAAAUGUGAGUGCUCAGAGAGAGAGAUUCCACCUACAUGGAGGCAGUGUCUCACCAGGCAGUUUGCGAGCACUUUGUGCCAGCACCCAAGUUUCAGUGACUCAUUCUGAUUCAGUGCUGGCAGGUACAAGACCGACUCCUGCUGCUGGAGGAUCCGAGGGAGCAUUCAGCUCAGCGACAACUUACUCACUGCCUCCCAUGUGCAAGGCGAGAGCACGGAGACAACACUGGCCUAGGAAGUGGCACCCCUAUGCCCUCUCCCAGCCAGGCUCGAAGGGGGUCCUUUACCCCUCCAGACAGGCAGUCUCAGCUGUCAUUCAGAGCGCCCUCAGAAUGCAGUGUGUGUGGAGCUGCUACUAUCUCCCUGUCCUCCCUCCCUGAGGUUUAAGUUUAUCGUCUGCAGCACAUGCAGAGCUCCGAGUUCCCCUGGCUGCACUGAGGCCUGGAAACCACAGAGGGACGUGCCCGCUGAUGGAGGACCCUGAGAAGAAGCUGAACCAGAAGAGCGACGGCAAACCCCGGAAAGUACGAUUCAAAAUCUCUUCCUCCUACAGUGGCCGAGUGUUGAAGCAGGUCUUCGAAGAUGGGCAGGAAUUAGAAUCGCCAAAGGAGGAAUACCCUCACAGUUUUCUCCAAGAGUCCCUGGAACCCAUGGAUGGUGUUUAUGGGUCUGGGGAAGCCCCCAAGCCCCGAUCCUACUCCCCUAAGCUGACUGCUCAAAGGAUCAGCGUGUUCAGGGAGGGCAAUGCCUAUACGUUGGCGGGCAGCCAGCCUUUCUUCAACGAUUACAAGACAAAUGACCAUAAGUCCCCACCCAUUAUAGAUUUUGGAAAGAUAAUCAUCUACACGAAUAACCUGAAAAUCAUUCGAACCCCAAUGGACAAGAGAGACUUCAUGAGGAAAAUUCUCCAGAAGGAAGGGGAGAUCGAGGAAGAGUCUCUGAUGAGCAAAGAGGAAAUCUAUGGAGACAGCGACCAGAACGACGGGCCUUUGGCGGAGACGGAAAGCACGUUUCCCCACAACCAGUACCCCCAGGAAGGGGAGCUUCCAGAUGACAACUGUUUUCACUGCCGAGGCUCGGGCAGUGCCACCUGCUCUCUGUGCCAUGGCAGCAAGUUCUCCAUGCUGGCCAACAGGUUUAAGGAGUCCUAUCGGGCCCUGCGAUGCCCUGCCUGCAACGAGAAUGGCCUGCAGCCCUGCCAGAUUUGCAAUCAAUAGCCCGUGGCUUUGAAUGUCUGCCUUUAUCGCAUCCUCUCUAACGUUAUUUCUAAUAAACUGCCCCCACCCUCCCUCUCCCAGCGAGGAAGCCACAGUGGCUGUGCUCGCUUCCACCGCUGGCAAAACACAACCACCCUCAGCUACUUGAUGACAUUUCACGAGGCUGAUAACAUCUCCAUGUGGGUCUAAGUGGCAGAGGCAUUUUCGAAUUAGAGUCGGCUUUGAAACUGGUUCUAAAAUUAUCCUUCCAGGAAUGUGUGCGUGCGUCUCCCUUGACUUAGCUCAGUUUCCUCCUUGUGCUAGCGAGCCAAUAAAGGUCCCUUCCAGGCAGCAGGGUGAAGUCAUUUUCUGGCUGGGAGUGAUUUUGCAAACUUUUGCGGCGAGAGGGGAAUGAAAAAGGCAGGUGUCUGAGGGACUGAACUCCUGUUGCUUAGAAUGCAUUUCAAAGCGUCAUUGGUCAAAUUGAAAUUUUAAUUAUGCAGCAGGAGGGAGGGAUGCCCAAUGUCCCAGGGCACUUAGCAGGCCACUGAAAACAAAACAGCAGGUACGUGCUUCGUGCUUCGUGCUGAAGAUAGGCUGGCCGAGGAGGCAUUUCUUUCAAAGCCCCAGUCCCUGCUGUGUGAUGGGCGGGGGUGACUCCCAUGCAGGUGACAGCAGUGCUCCGUAGGACAAGAUGAGACCAGACAUGUCUGUGUGCCUCCAAACUACUGAGGAUAGAAGCCAAGUCAAAGCUUUCUGUGAUCAAUUUGGUGCUUUAGUACUUGUGUGUGAUAUCACUUCUUCCAGCCUCUGAAUUAUUCCCAAAUAAAUCUAUUGUAAGUGUAAGAUACAGCCAUGAUCUCCUCAUAGAAGACUGGAUGUUCUCUAGGCAUCUUCUGGAAACCUGGAAAAGAAAAGCCAACCAGGGCCGAUUUUUAGCAAUGAUCUUUCUGCUGUCUGUGAAUACCCGUACAAAAGGUCAACCUUUCCUCUUAAAGUUGGUAUAAAAUUAGGAAAAUGCUUUUGUUAAUGGACUUUGUAGCCCAGUCCCCUUGAAAUAACACUGUAAAAUGUUAUCUAUUGAGAUGCGUUGCUUUUCUAUGAUAAUUAUUUGGAUUUUCAUAACAAUUUUUUCAGGAUUUGUUUGUUAGCCUGUGAUAUCCAGCUAUUAAAACUCACCAGUGGAACAGUACUUUUCAGGCACUAUAAUAACACUUCUAAUAAAAAGAUUAAAAUAUUCUCCAAUGCCGUGGUCAUUCUGC